AUGCAGCCCUCACCUCUCGCAAACCCAUUGGCAACCGUCGCCCAACUCGAAACCUCCGGCUCGCAACUCGAUGGCAUCCAACCCACGCUCGAAGACUCCGUCCGCUUCGCCGGCGCGCGCCUCACACAAGCCGCCGGUAUCCUGCUCCGCCUCCCACAAGAAGUAAUCGCGCAAGCCAUCGUAGUCUUCAUGCGCUUCUGGCUCGGCCCUGAAGGCGGCAGUCUCGCGGAAUUCGGCGCAGAACAAGUCUCAGCCGCGUCGUUGUACCUUACCACGAAGCUCUCCGCAUAUCCAAAGUCAGCGCGUAGUCUCGUAAACGUGUACGCGUAUCUCGAUUCGCUGCCGGUGACAUACUUCGAUCUUGAACAGCUUCAGAAAACGGGCGAAGAUGCAAAGGGAUACUACGUCAGCGAGGGGACAUACGAGCGCCGUCGCGCAACGCUGUUUACAACCGAACAACGCAUCCUACGUACCCUCGGCUUCAACACGCACGUCCAACUCCCCUACACACUAUGCAUAACAUACAUGCAAGCCCUCGACAUCUUCAGCCACCCGCGCGCCUCUGAACUCGCGAAACGCGCAAUCGCGCAUCUCAAUACCGCGCUCUUGAGUCCGCAGUGCCUUUACCUGACGCACCAGCCGCAUGAGUUGGCGACGGCGGGGAUUUAUCUUGCGGCGAGGGAGACGGGGAUUAAGAUGCCCGAGUGUGAGUGGUGGGAGGUGUUUGAUACGGAUAGAGAGGUACUGGGUUUCCUUUGUGUGGGGCUGUUGAGCUUGGAGGGGUGGGUGAGGAGUGAGAAGGAGAGGUGGGAGGGAGGGAAGGUGCCGAUGAGUGUGGAGGGGGUAGAAGCGGAGGUCAAGAGGAUGCGAGAGGAGAAAGAGGCUUGA